UAACGAUUUAUAUGUCAAUUGAAUUGAAUUGAAUUAGAUUGUUAUUGAGUGAAUUACUGUGAUUCACACAUUUAUGCCAUCAUUCAACACAGGUUAAACGAUCUCCUACGCAAUUGACCUGUAAUUAGGGGUCGGUGUCUUAAAAAAUGUUGGUUCAAUUUCUCUUCUUUAUACUACUUUAAUUUACGCUUUUAGAAAAACUAUGGAUUUUAGAAAUUUUUCACUUUUUGGGGAAAGGGAGUAUAAAUAGUUUAAUUAAUUUCUGUAAUUUAUUUAUUGAUUUCGUAAGUUUCGUUUUCUCUUUCGUUCUUUUCUUCUCUUUUCUUCUCUUGACUCAAUUGUUUAAGUUUAUACCUUUACAACUAACUCACUACCCACCAAAUAAUGUCUUCUCGUCAUUUCGAUACUCUUCAAUUACACGCAGGUCAAGAAGUUGAAAAGCCACAUCAAGCAAGAGCUCCACCAAUUUAUGCCACAACUUCUUAUGUCUUCAAUGAUUCCAAACAUGGAGCACAAUUGUUCGGUUUAGAAGUUCCAGGUUUCAUCUACUCAAGAAUUCAUAAUCCAACCGUUGAUGUUUUUGAACAAAGAAUUGCAGCUUUAGAAGGUGGUAUUGGUGCUGUGGCCACUGCUUCGGGUCAAGCUGCUCAAUUAUUAGCCAUUACUGGGUUAGCUCAUGUUGGAGAUAAUUUCAUUUCAACUUCUUAUUUAUAUGGUGGUACUUAUAAUCAAUUUAAAGUUGCCUUUAAAAGAUUAGGUAUUGAAGCCAGAUUUGUUAAAGGUGAUUCUCCAGCUGAAUUUGCUAAAUUAAUCGAUUCCAGGACUAAAGCUAUUUAUCUUGAAACCAUUGGUAAUCCAAAAUAUAACGUUCCAGAUUUCGAUGCCAUUGUAAAAUUAGCUCAUGAUCAUGGUAUCCCAGUAGUUGUUGAUAAUACUUUUGGUGCUGGUGGUUAUUUAGUUAAUCCAAUUAAACAUGGGGCUGAUAUUGUUGUUCAUUCCGCUACUAAAUGGAUUGGUGGUCAUGGUAACACUAUUGCUGGUGUUGUUAUUGAUUCAGGUAAUUUCCCAUGGACUGAAUAUCCUGAAAAAUACCCUCAAUUCUCUAAACCUUCUGAAGGGUAUCAUGGUUUAGUCUUGAGUGAAGCCUUAGGUAAAGCUGCUUAUAUUGCUCAUGUUAGAGUUGAAUUAUUAAGAGAUUUAGGUCCAGCUUUAAAUCCAUUUGGAGCUUUCUUAUUAUUAACUGGUCUUGAAACUUUAUCCUUAAGAGUUGAAAGACAAUCUUAUAACGCUCUUAAAUUAGCUCAAUACUUGGGAAAAUCUCCAUACGUUGAAUGGGUAUCAUACUUGGGUUUACCAUCCCAUGUAAGUCACACCUUAUCUCAAAAGUAUUUAAACCAUAAAGGUCAAUACGGUGGUGCUUUAUCAUUUGGUGUUAAAGAAUUACCAACCUCAAAUCCUAACGAUGAUUUCGAUGCCGCAUCAGCUAAAGUGGUUGAUGCUUUAGAAAUCGCUUCAAAUUUAGCUAAUGUAGGUGAUUCAAAAACUUUAGUCAUUGCUCCAUGGUUCACUACUCAUCAACAAUUAUCAGAUGAAGAAAAAAUCACUUCAGGUGUAUCUAAAGAUUUAGUUAGACUUUCAGUUGGUACUGAACAUAUCGAUGAUAUUAUUGCUGAUUUCGAACAAUCAUUUAAAAAAGUUUAUCAAUAGAUUUAAUAAACCGUGAUUGCUUUGGUUUCCUUUCCUAAUGCUCUAAGUUGUUUUCUUUUUAUUAUUAUUGUUAUUAUUUAAAUGUAUAUGCUAGACUAAUACAAAUAUCUAUUUUAAAUUUUAUAAGUGAUU